CUCCCCCAGCCCAUGCCUCCCCUCUCUCCACACCCACUGAUUGACUAACUGGCUGGACUAUUACUAUGCCUCUAAAUACACCUGCGCCAGCAGCACCUGACCAACACUGAGACUCUUCACUAACCCUAAAAUCACUGAUCCUAAAGCAGGACGACAGGUAGAGGAGAAGAAGCACGUACCGGAAAGAGAGUAUCCACGGCACAUCUGCGAGCAGUCAUAUCAUGAUUGAGAGCGACAGAGAGCUGUCAGCCAUGGUGCAGGAGCUAUGGGACAAUGAUAUCAACAGACUUCAGCCUGGAAAAGACUACAGGAUCUCUCUGCAGGGAAAAGCUGGAGACAGCAUGAGCAUCAAUGACAACAACGAUGGGGCAGGAUAUCCACUGUUUACAUUUGUUGAUGAGAACAUUUUCAAAAAGGAGACUUUUUUAGCCUUUAUCUCCCUGCUGGAUAACUAUGAGAGUGACACCGGUGAGCCAGAAAUUGUAACCCCUGAGGAAGUGGCAGAGAACCACAAGUUCCUGGACUCCAUCAUUCAGACUCCCACCAUGAAGAUAGCCCAUAAAUACCUGGUCGAGAAGCACCUUUCACCUGAGGAUGAGACGGCAUUCAAGGAGCAGCUGUACAGGAUCUGGUUUGAACUUUAUGCGAGGAGAGGAUCCAGCAGGCCAGACUCUUCUGGGUUUGAACACGUGUUUGUUGGAGAGACGAGGGGAGGGAGGACUGUUAUUGGUUUUCACAACUGGAUCCAGCUGUACUUACAAGAGAAGCUGGGCCAUAUUGAUUACAAAGGCUACAGUGUCAAUGCAAAUUCACCCCAGCCUGAUGAGAACAAACACAUCCUGGCACUGCAGUUUAGCUGGAAGAACGGUAUAAAGCCCAAGGGCAGCAUCUUCAUCGGCGUCAGUCCCGAGUUCGAGUUUGCCCUCUACACCCUCUGUUUCCUCACCUCUCCAAAUGAGCGUGUCAAAGUCCAGUUCAGUUUGUAUGAUGUGGAGAUUGUUUGCCACCACUACAACCAGAAGCAUAUAGGUACCACCUAUCCUGUGCUCCUUGGGUACCUGAAACCUCAGUAACUUUACUGGAAAAUACACUUGACUUCCCCAUCACUUAAGCUUGGAUACACAGUGUCAUAGGUAUUGUUGCUGUCUUUUUAUUUUACAUAAAGAUACAAUAAAACCUUCCAAGACCUAA